AGGCGGGAGAAGAGUGGCGAUCCGAACGGGAGGAAGAGAUCCUGUAGUGAUAGUGAUGGGGAAUCUGCCUGAAGAAUGCAACCAGGACUCAUCGCGGGCCGAGAGAGACGGUGCCGCCUCUGGAUCAUGCAUGCUCGAUACAGUCGCAUAUAGUUUGAAAGAUUCUUCGAAAAAAGUUCCUCCCAGCGGCAGUGAGUUGGAGUGCAAGCAGCAGGCUGCUGUGCUUCGCACCGCCAAGAGUCUCUUAGAGAGAGAGGAACUGCUGGAUGUCACCUUUGUGUGCGUGGAGAAUGAGGAGGUGAAGGUCAAUCGAGCCUUUCUGGCGGCAUCGAGCGAGUACUUCUCCAAUCUCUUUUAUGGCAAUAUGCGCGAGAAAGGCCUUCAGCGAAUCCCACUGCCAGAUGCAGUCGCGAAAUACCUUAGAAUGAUCUUUGAAUACCUUCAUGGCUGCGCCUGUCAGUCUCCGCCCUACUCGUAUGGCGACAUGGUCAAUGCGUACGCGUUGGCGGAUCAGUACCAAAUCGUUGACUUCUGCAAUCAUGUGAGUGGAUUGCUUGCGCUGACUCUGUCCAACAAGCCACUGAGCAUUGUCAUCGGAGAAGUAAUGAGCGCGGCCUUGCAUCGUGGACUGGACGAGAUUGUAGAAAUGGCGCUGAACGCAUUUCAGCGUCACGACUUCAAUCCGUGUUCGUUCAUGGGGUGGAGCAUGGAGAGCGUCGUCUUCUGUCUAGACCAUGCAUCCAUGGAAGCAAGUGAGCAGGAAUUUGCGGAGGCGGCUGUCAACUGGGGUUCUCUUAAGGUUGAUGCGGGGGGUACGAUGGCAAAGGGCUCUUCGGCGGCAAGUUUGAAAGACGAAGACGCUGACCAGCGCUUGGCUGAGGUAAUGAAACACGUCAAACUUGAGUACGUCAGCCCAAACUUCAUCGCUGAGCACAUAGAGCCUCUGGGAGUGGUUCCUGAGAACAUUCUGUUAAAUGCGUAUCGGAGUCAAGCGCGAGCCCUAUCCGUGAACACGGGGAAGUAUCAGACGAAAUGGCGGUCGGCGACGGGCUUAACUCUAGCCAAGGUAAAAUCGGAGAGGAGGUCUUCUCCUCCCACUAAUAAUAGUACCGGUGCAAAGAGCAGUUUUUGUGAAACUUCGUCGACAAAUCCACCUCUCUUUUCCAGCGCGGCAAGUCUGCGCACGAAUUCCAGGCUGCCGGGUGCAUCCGUUACGCCUUUUGCCGUACACUCACCUCCCUUGAACGGGUUAGCUAGUUCCCCAUCGUCCUCGUCGCAGCCGUCACUGUCACUGCUGAGCCCGUCCGGGUCCUCUCCUUGGCAGCCACUAAAUUUAGCAGCGCCGGCGUCGACGAAGGGCUUCAGCCCGUCCCCAUCAGGUGUCCAACCACUUGUGUCUUCGUCAUCCUCUCCUGGCCAGAUGAACUCCACCAACUCUAACACGAUGAUCCAAGCGUUUCAUCAAUCCCGAUUUGGCUCGCCGUGUACGAGGGUGUCGUCAAUGGCGGGCAUUGCCCCGAGCAGCACAAGCACAACCCCCAGUGCCCCCAGCACUCCUGUGGGUCCUCGUCCGUUUCCUGUUUUCACAUUUUCCAACCCUGCGCCGUCACCCACCACCUCGCUUUUCGGCUUCAGUUCAUGGUCGCCACCUCCAUCUUCAGCAACACACAACGGUUCUGCUUCCAGGCCAUCCUCCGCGGUGGGAAGGGUACGUCAAGCGGAGGGCAGCCAAACUCAUUCUGCUUCUGGGUUAUCAUCUGGUGGGUCACAGAUUUUGGGCAAGAGGCAAUGACUGAGAAGAGGCUGAGGGGAGGCUAAGUGUUUUUUUUCAACAGCUGCACUGAAAUGUCCUCCUCGCGAAUAGGAAGGGCCCUGGCCCUGACAAUAAGAACAGGUACUCGUGGAUCACGGUCUGAUUGUGGAGACUCAAGUGUCAUCCAUCU